CGUCUUUCCUCUUUCGGUUCGGCAACAGCAACGGACUCCUCAGUCACCGUCAAGCUCGAGCCGACCUAACGAGAAGGAGGAGAUGGACGCCGGCGGCGAGGAUGCGAAGCAGGAGCGGCACCUGGUACUGGCCCACAAGCUCUUCCUUCUCUCCCACCCCGACGUCGACGACCUCGCCAAGGUCGCCCUCCGCUCCGACGUCCUCGAUGCCGUCAAAUCCGAUGGCAUGGCACCGCUGUUCGAGUCGCUGGCCGCCGCCGGCGUGCUGGAGCCGGACGACACGCUGCUCACCGAGAUGCGCGCGCGGAUCGACGACGAGGUCCGCAAGCUCGACGAGAAAAUUGCUGAUGGUGAAGAGAAUUUGGGUGAGAGUGAAGUGCGUGAGGCCCAUCUGGCGAAAUCCUUGUACUUCAUGAGGGUUGGGGAGAAGGAAAAGGCACUGGAGCAACUUAAAGUUACGGAAGGAAAAACUGUUGCUGUCGGCCAGAAAAUGGAUCUUGUGUUCUACACUUUGCAAAUAGGCCUUUUCCACAUGGACUUUGAUCUCAUCUCAAAAUCCAUUGACAAGGCAAAGAACCUGUUUGAGGAGGGAGGCGACUGGGAGAGAAAGAACCGAUUGAAAGUAUAUGAGGGCCUAUACUGCAUGGCAACAAGAAACUUCAAGAAAGCUGUCAACUUAUUUUUAGAUUCUAUUUCAACUUUCACGACUUAUGAGUUGUUUCCAUAUGAUACUUUUGUCUUGUACACAGUCCUCACAAGUAUCAUCUCAUUGGAUCGUGUAUCUCUAAAACAAAAGGUGGUAGAUGCACCGGAAAUCCUGGCAGUGAUUGGCAAAGUACCUCACCUAUCUGAGUUUCUCAACUCCCUUUACAACUGCCAGUACAAGUCAUUUUUUGUUGCAUUCUCUGGCAUGACGGAGCAGAUUAAGUUGGACCGCUAUCUUCAGCCUCAUUUCCGCUACUACAUGAGGGAAGUGCGCACUGUUGUCUAUUCACAGUUUUUGGAGUCAUACAAGAGUGUGACAAUGGAAGCAAUGGCUGCAGCAUUUGGUGUGACUGUUGAUUUCAUAGAUCAGGAAUUGUCACGGUUCAUUGCAGCUGGGAAGCUUCACUGCAAGAUCGAUAAGGUCGCUGGUGUUCUGGAGACAAACCGACCAGACGCUAGGAAUGCUUUUUACCAAGCGACCAUCAAGCAAGGGGACUUCUUGCUGAACCGCAUCCAGAAACUGUCACGAGUCAUUGACUUGUAAAUGUCGUAAAGUUCCCCAAGACCAUAGACCAUACUGAAAGUAGUGUUAUGCUUAUCCUCCUAGGUUCAUGGGAACUGAACUUGAUCUAUAUCUGGCUUUGAUUUUGUUGCAGACAUUAAAAGUUUAGAGUUUAGACGGAACUUGAGUGUGCAAUAUCAGUAAGUGCAAGUUCUGGUGCUGUGGAUGGGUAGAAUGAGAAGAGUGCACAUCAAAUUCUCACGUCCGCUGACUUAUUUUCUGCGUUGUAUCUGUUCGUUCAAGUCUUGCAGCGGAUGUUCUCUCUGGUUC